CUUCCAUCAUAUUCAGUUUGGCCAUUACAAGGUCAAGAGACAGCUAUAUAUCAUCGGGAUAAAAUUUCAAUGACAUCACAAGUUAUUAAUCAAAAUGAAAGAGAAAAAUCUUUAACACAACAAAAUGAACGAGAUAAACAAACAACUCAACAAGUUACGACAAAUCAACAAGAAUUAGUAAAAAGUCCUACACAAUUUGUUUCACCUCAAAAUGAAAGAGAAUUAACACCAUCUCAAAUUGAUAUAAGUAAUAAAAAUGAUUCAGUUAGGUCAUCUAGAGCAGAAUCCGAAUCAGGAGAAUCAAUGGAUCUUGAUCAAAGUAAAAAAUCGGGUAAAAAAAGUUCAUCAGAUGAUAAAACAAAACCAGUACGACCAACAUCUAGAGCCACAUUAGGAAAUAGAUUUAUUGUAUAUGAACCAAAAUUCGUUCAGGAAACUGAAGGAAAUAAACAAGAUGGAACUUCAACAGGAAAAAGAGGACGUAAAUCUAAGAAUACGAGUACUAGUCGACCUACCAAAAAAACUAAAAAUAAGAAAAAUGUUAAUGAACCAGAUACAACCGCAACGAAUCAAGAAGAGCAAGCGAUAGAUUCUACGAAUGAAAGUCCAAAAAAUUCUACAGAUAAGGAUUCAUCAGAAAAAUCUAAAAAUGUAUCAGUAAAAUUAGAGGAAACAACAUCAAAUGAUAAUGAAGGGAAUAAUAUAGAAACAGAAGUCGAAAAUUAAAAUACAUGAUAAAAAAAAAAAUUAGAAAAGAUAUUAAGAAACCUUUUUUUUUUUUUUUCUUUUUUUUCUUCUUCUUCUUCUCUCUCACUUUUUGGAUGAUACUUAAUUUGGUAAAUAAUUGAUUAUUUUC